AUGGAGUUUCAAGGUACAGAACCAAUGACUCUGGGUUCUCCAACCACACCGAAACCCGCACCUGGUGCCCAGUUCUUACCAGGGUUUCUAAUGGGAGAUCUGCCAAUACCUGUCACUCCACAGCCAAGGACCAUUGGUGGUGCCGGUGGUGCAAUAGAACUACGGUCGGCUCUCCUAGCCGGUGGGUCACCACCCCAGCCUGUGGUCCCCACGCCUAAGGACAAGAGUGGUGCCCCCCCAGUGAGGAGCAUAUAUGAUGAUCUUGCCAGUCCAGGAAUUGGAAUCUCUCCGCUCAGCUCAUUCAAGCAACCAUUCUCAGUUACACAAACCCCAUUGUCUGAAUUUGUGGCUACCGCACCAGGAUCAAUAUCAAUCCUGUUUAGUCCCACUGGCAUUGGACAGCAGAGAAAGCCUGCACUCUCCCCAGCCCAAGUUGAUCCUUUCUACACGCAAGGAGAUGCUUUGUCUGCAGAAGAUCACCUGGAUGAUACGUGGGUCACAGUUUUUGGCUUUCCUCCUGCCUCUGCUUCUUACAUCCUACUGCAGUUUGCCCAGUAUGGAAACAUAUUAAAACAUGUGAUGUCAAACACUGGAAACUGGAUGCAUAUACAUUAUCAGUCUAAACUACAGGCUAGAAAAGCACUCAGCAAAGAUGGGAAAAUCUUUGGGGAAUCCAUCAUGAUCGGGGUUAAACCUUGCAUAGACAAGAAUGUGAUGGAGAGCUCCGACAAAGGCCCAGCGUCCUCCAGCACGGCAUUCACUCCAGUGAAGGCCAACGGCACCCCCAUCCAGCCCUACUCAACCCCAUGCUCGGCCAUGAGGCCCCUCAGUGCCGCCUACAGGGCGUCCACCAGUGACUACCAGGUUGUUUCUGAUCAACAAACACCAAGGAAAGAUGACAGCUUUGUUACAAAAGUUUUGGAGUACAUGUUUGGCUGGUGAAAGGCUCUAUCCUGAGGUCUGAAAGAGUGAAUUGCCAACAGAAAUUCCUAUUGGUUUGUCUUACUUGAUGCUCUUGUUUGGUUGUUUUGGAAUGCAACUGAUGGUAAUCCUUUUUGAUGUGGGCUUUUGGAUACAGAAAUCAAUACGUGCACUUUAUGGUCAAUUAUGGAAAGUUUAAUGGAAUAUGCAUUAUGUAUAGUAUGUAUUUGGGUUAGUAAUUCAUUAUAAAGUAUGACUAAAAUAAGGUGGUAAAUGUAGACCAAAACAAAUCAAAGAAAAGAGAACUGCAAGCAUGUCUUAAUAUUGACUCAUUUGGACUUUUAGGCCACGUUUAAAGAAGCUUAGCUGAAAAUUAAAAUUUAGAUUUGUUCUUUUACAAUAGUUGGUAUUCAUAUUGAAAGCUCUUAAUUGUUUUACAGACACUGUGCAAUUACUUUGCAUUGGCAUUUAGUGUUCAUUAAGCAACAAGAAAAGGUUGUGCUCUGCCAACCAAAACUGUCAUUGUCAGCCGAUGACAAUCCAACCUCAUGAUGUGUAAGCUGUAGGAUGAAGUCUAUGCUCGUCGUAGUGAUUGAGCCACUCAGGAGCCAUUCAUGUGAUAGUGGUUUUAACCAUUGACUCUGAACUUCAGUUAGUCCCUUUAAUGAAAAAUGCCUGUGACCUUAAACAGAUAGUUCGCUGUCUGCUGUUUUUUCAGUGUAUGUUAUUAAUUGGGCCACAUAGAUUUUCUGUGUGAUCAUGAAAUACAGAGCAGGUUGUAUAGCAACAUUAUGCCUCUAGUGACUAUACAUAUGAGAAGAUUAAUUUAAAAUUUUAAGCGAAGCAAUGAUUUUGUCUGACUAUGAGAUUGAAGAAGUUUAGGUACAUUGCCAAACCCUGUUUAUUCAAGACCAAAUUUAUAGAUGAACAUUUGUGAUAGAUGGAGGCGGAGAGGUUGAAGAGGGAAGGUACAUUAGUUCGGAUGACUUCCCGUUUGAGGACAACUCUACAUUUUCGAUAAAUCUGGGUUGUAUAAAGUUAGUUUGUAAAGGUGAUUUGAAGACCAUUUCUUCAUUUGUUUUACCCUCAAGUUGCUACUGAAUUAGUACAAACCAUUUGCAGCCCUGUUGAUUUGUUGCUGUGAGGUCUUCUCCCUCAUGCUAUAAUUUGCUUCUCCCCACAUGUUGUGUUGAUAUAGGAAGUUAUGUCACUUCUUUCAUUGAGUGUAGUCUCAGGCUCCAUACAUAAUAGGAAACGGCUCCAACUGAAAAUAAGAAAUAUUUUUAUUUUAAAACCUCUGGAGGCAUAAUGUUACUCUACAAGUGUCUUGAGUUGCAUGAAGUGUAUUUUUUAUCUUAAAACCUCAAACCUCUUUAUGCCCGUAUACCAGCCAAGCUGGCACAUUGUCAGAACCUUCUGUAAAUAUCUAAAAUGAACGCUAAAACUGAAAUAUUAUAGAACACUCCAGAAAGUGAACUAUCUUCUAAACGAAAGAGUUUCUCCAGGCAACUGUACUUCAUUUCUGCUCUCAGGACUUGUGGAAUGAUCAGCAACAGGUCAAAUUUGUUUUUGAAAGUCUCCAAUAUUUAUGUUAAUAGUAAAUUGCUUAAUCAGGACAGCCACUUGCAUGUGAUUUGAAGUUUUUAAAAAAUGGUCUCCUUGAAGGGACUUGAAGUGUCAAUUUAUUAUCAUUUAUUAUCUAAGCUUUGCCACAUGCUAAUGGCAGUGUGGAAAAAAAAUUGUAUGGUUGAGUGAGGAUAUGAGGUGGAAAUGGGUUCCGUGCUUUUUAAUGUGUAUGUAUGUUGAUUGAGGUGUGAAUUAAAUCACUUUUACAUUUUCAGUGAAAUUACCUUCAGUGUAUCCAUGAUGUGCAGGUGGUUUAAUGUCUAAGGAAAUAUGACAACAAAACCCUCUUGUCUUCAGAUCAAUGCAUUGCAUGUUUUUGAUCAAUGCUUUUUCUGAAAUGCACCCAGUGAAGGCCUUAAAAGUUGGUUUUAUGUAUAACUUACUAUAUUUAUAAAUUAUAUUAUUUUGGGGUUUAAUGAUUGCACAUUGUAAUUGCUUAUGCAUUGAAAUGCCUUUUGUAUUUAAAAGAAAUUGUACAUUUUUGGAGAUUGUGCUGAAAUUUUUAAAACUAAUAAUACAUUUUAAUAUUUCAAAAAUGUUUACUACAGUAAAAUAACUGUCGCAGUUUCAAAAAGUGUAAUAAAUAACUUGUCCUUUGAACAUCAA